AUGAACGAGAAGGCCAACGUCUCCAAAGAGCUCAACGCCAAACACAAAAAGAUAUUGGAAGGACUUCUUAAACUACCAGAGAAUAAGGAAUGCGCUGACUGCAAAGCUAAAGGCCCAAGAUGGGCCAGUGUCAAUCUUGGCAUCUUUAUAUGCAUGCAGUGUUCUGGAAUACAUAGAAGUCUUGGGGUACACAUAUCAAAGGUUCGCUCAGCAACUUUGGACACCUGGCUUCCAGAGCAGGUUGCAUUCAUUCAAUCGAUGGGAAAUGAGAAGGCAAAUAGUUACUGGGAAGCAGAAUUACCCCCAAAUUAUGAUAGAGUUGGAAUUGAAAACUUCAUUCGUGCAAAGUAUGAAGAGAAGAGAUGGGUUGCAAGAAAUGAGAAACCUAAAUCACCAUCUAGUUUUCGAGAAGAGAAAAGUCCUCCACAUUGCCAAAGACCUGCGGAAAGAGUCGGCCAUAGUUAUGCAGCUGUCUCCGAGAAUACUUUUGAGGAAAGGAAGAAAAUCCAACCAUCAAAUGCAAUUCCUGCUACAAGAAUUUGUGUUCCUGCCCCUCCCAAAGGGCCUGAGCUGGUAACUCCUGUGGCAAGACCACAUGUUGAGAAAGCGGAACCUGUUGGACCAACACCACGAGCUGAAACUUCAAAACAGACUACUGUCACAACACAAAACUCCCCUCCAAAAGUUGACUUUUCUACGGAUCUUUUUGACAUGUUAUCUAUGGAUGGUCCAAAUGAAAAGGGUUCAGGUGCAACUGAUUCUAGUGCUGAUGAUAGUAACUGGGCAGGUUUUCAGUCUGCUCCAGAGGCAUCGACAGCUGAGAAGACUGAUACCACAAAAUCAGUUGACAGUAUACCUCAGUCCGCAUCUGGAAUUGAAGAUUUAUUUAAAGACUCACCUUCAGUUGCACCAAGUUUAACUCCAGAAAAACCACAAAAAGAUGUUAAAAAUGAUAUCAUGAGCCUCUUUGAGAAGGGCAAUACGGUGUCUCCAUUUGUUAUGCAUCAACAGCAGCUGGCCAUGCUGGCACAACAACAGUCUCUUCUAAUGGCUGCUGCUGCUAAAUCUGCUGGUGUGGAUUCCAAGUACUUGGCUAGCUUACAGCAACAGCAGUCUCUUCUAAUGGCUGCUGCUGCUAAAUCUGCUGCUGGGGAUUCCAAGUACCCCGGCAGCAUACAACAACCUGGGUCCAAUAUUCCUGUCCAAAGUUGGUCUGGGGCUGGCUAUCCAAUCCCAGGUACAAUGCCCAUGGGUGGUCAGGAAGACUUGCAGAAACUAAUGCAGACAAUGAACGUGACUGCAGCGCAUUCAGCAGGGAAUCCAGUUCAGUAUCCACCAUCUAGUUACUAUGCUAUGGGGCAAGUUGCCCCAGUUAAUGGUACGUCAACAACGGCAGGAGCAAGCAAACCUCAGUCGGCAUCUCCGGUACCAUCGACCACUUCAAAGGCAGGGAGCGAUUAUGAUUUCUCCUCUUUAACACAGGGAAUGUUCGCUAAACACUGA